GAAGGAGGAGCUUAAGACCAAUGAACGAAGUUUUGGUGGUGGGAAAAAAAAAAUCGAAAAGGAAGUAGUUUACCGCAGGAGCCGAUCGCUUGGGUGUCAGUUAUACCAUUAAGAAAAUACGAGCGCGCUGCGUUCAUUUAACUGCGGAGAAGAACACGCGCCAGAGUGGUCAGCCAGCCUCAGAACAAUGUCCGGCACGCAAUUUAACAAAGGACCGACCUACGGCUUGUCUGCCGAAGUCAGAAGCAAAAUCGCUCAGAAGUACGACGCGCGGCGGGAGGAGGAGCUUCGGCUGUGGAUCGAGGAGGUGACGGGCAGCGCCGUCGGCGAGGACUUCCAGAAGGGGCUGAAGAACGGGACCAUCCUCUGCGAGCUCAUCAACAAGCUGCAGCCGGGAUCGGUGAGGAAGAUCAGCCGUUCCUCCCAAAACUGGCACCAGCUGGAGAACCUGUCCAACUUCAUCAAAGCCAUCACAGCCUACGGGCUCAAGCCCCACGACAUCUUCGAGGCCAACGACCUGUUCGAGAGCGGGAACAUGACACAAGUGCAGACCACCCUUCUGGCUCUCGCCGGCAUGGCGAAGACCAAGGGCCUGCAGUCCUGUGUGGACAUCGGGGUGAAGUACGCCGACCGGCAGGAGCGAUCAUUCAACGAGGAGAAGAUGAAGGCUGGACAGUGUGUCAUUGGGCUGCAGAUGGGCACUAAUAAGUGUGCCAGCCAGGCUGGUAUGAAUGCUUAUGGCACCAGGAGGCACCUGUAUGACCCCAAAGCCCACAUCCUCCCCCCCAUGGACAACUCCACCAUCAGCCUGCAGAUGGGCACCAACAAGGGUGCCAGCCAGGCUGGCAUGACUGCCCCGGGGACCCGCCGUGCCAUCUACGACCAGAAGCUGGGCACCGACAAGUGCGACAACAGCACCAUGUCCCUGCAGAUGGGCUACGCGCAGGGAGCCAAUCAGAGCGGCCAGAACUUCGGCCUGGGUCGCCAGAUCUACAGCUCCAAGUACUGCCCCAGGAGCGAGGAGGAGCAGGAGCUCAACGGGGCGGAGUCAGGCGGCCUCGUCCUGGAACAGUACCGGGACGACGGUUACCAGGGUUACCAGGACGACGAACAGCAGGCGUACCCGGGGAACGGGCACCAGGAGCGCCCGUAUGAAGAGAACCCCGAACACUGCCACGAGCAGGACCCAGAGUACCACGGGGACGAGAACCUGGGGUACCACGACAACCAGAACCAGGAUUAUGAGGAGGUGGAACCGCAAGAGGACCGGGAACAAGAACCAGAACCGGAACCCGAACAAGAACAAGAACAGGAACAGGGGCUGGAACAGGAAGUGGAAGAGGGGCUGGAACGGGAACAGGAGCCGGACCAGGAACCUGAUGGAAACACCGAAGAGGACAAAGAUGACUAGAGUCAGCCCGCCUCUCGCUUCAAAUAAGAUUUCUUCCUUCUUGUUUUAUUUUGUAUAAUUGAUGGAGUGCCCCCGAAAGAAUGAUGACCAAAAAAAAAAAAGAACCAAACAGGAAAUCUUUCUCCCAUACCCUCUGCCUUGUUUUAUUUGAUUAUUUUUUUGCACACAAGAAACUGUGAUGAGAAUAUUUCUCUCCUCCAGAUGGCUGCACAGAUGAAAACGAGCCAAUCAGAGCCUCUGAAUGUCCAGACAGCGGCAGACUCACAGAAAUAUACCUCUCCUUAAUGCUGGACCACACGCUGCUUUUCAAGGAUUCAAUCUGAAGGAAGCGACCGACUGCACACACAUCAGCUGUCAGUCAUGCGGCAGACUUAUGUACGCAUUGCACGCUAUUAGACGCUUAUGCAUAUGUAAUCCUACCCUACAUAUGCUACAUAACAUUCCCAAGAAAAACAAUGUCAGAAACGUAAGCAUUUUAAAAUACAGCUGCAACUACGACCUGUCAUUUAGAUAGGCAACCUGUUCCAGUCCUCAGAAGCUGAUGGUUGUGAGCAACAGAAUUCUGUUUUAGACCACAUCCAAGGAACCUUGGUGACUAAACAUGCAUACUCUCAGUGGCCAAGCAUGCUCCCACAUACGCUGAUUAUUUAACCUACCAAUGUAUCUCAGAGAAUUCAUUUGUUGUGGGCUUGUUUGAAAUAUUUGUGUAAUCAGUAACUUGCAUGGAAGCUUUGCUGCUGUAACCACAGGCAAGGUGGAUGGGG